AUGGGGAUUUUACGAAGUCAAUUUGGCCAACCUCAUGCAGUUUCAGAUGCCUUCCUCUCCGAAUUACUGUCAGGCCCACAGCUGCAACCUGAAGAUAUAGUUGGGCUACAACGGUUGUUGAGACAGAUGACCAAUUGUGAGAUAGCCUUAUCUCAGAUGAAUCACAUGGCAGACUUGGACUGCUCUACCAACCUUAAGUGCAUUGUUCAACGUCUCCCUCGGCACCUACGAUGGAAGUGGGCAGAAUUGGUAAACGAUGGUUUACAGUUUGCUGAACCUAGCUUUCGUUACCUCAAAGAAUUCCUCGAAAGGCAACUGUCCUUGGCUACAAGCUGUUACGGCCAGAUAGCUAAUGGGAAUAGGAACAACAACGAAGUAGGGUCCAACGAUAAAAUGUCCAGAGCUAUGCCUUCGCACAGUGUUAAUGUCGUGAAGUCACGAGCCCAGAAGUCGUGCAUAGUUUGCUUCACAGAUCACGACUUAUGGGAAUGUCAACGCUUUUUGUCGAUGAGUCACAAAGAGAGACUAGCAGUGUCAAUGCGGCAUAAGGUGUGCUUCAACUGUUUGAAAUGUAAUCACCGAGCUGACACUUGUCGUGCAGCAAGAGGUUGCGAUAUAGUAGGAUGCACUAGACGUCAUCAUAAACUUCUACACAAUGAAGAUAAUUCAGCAUGCAAGACUGUCAACUACUCUAGCACGGAAUCCGGAACUUCCUUUUUAGGAUAUGUGCCGAUUCGUAUCUUAGGUCCUAAAGGAUUUCUAGAUACCUAUGCCUUUCUUGACAAUGGUUCAGAUGCUACACUACUGCUGAGUCAUGUUGCCCGCCAAAUAGGACUGGAAGGGGUUAAUACAUUGAUGCAGGUAACAUCUUUCUGUGGAACUACUUCUCAGAAUUCAUCUAAGGUUGAUUUCGAAGUUGAAUCCUUAACGGGAGAUUACAAGACGAGGGUCAAGAGUGCCUACACCGUGGAAAGCUUACCUGUAAAGAGACCUAAGACUCCUUCAAACGAACAGGUGAAAAAAUGGCCUCACCUGGCAGAAAUUCCCUUUCUAGACGUCGAAUGUAAACAGGUCAGUCUACUAAUUGGGACUAAUGUACCUGAAGCACACUGGGUGCUGGAGCAGCGUAUAGGGAAAUCCAACCAACCGUUUGCAUCUUUGUCAGUUUUUGGUUGGUAUUUAUUGGGUUCAGGAGACGAAUAUAAAGAAGCAACCUCUAUCUUCUGCUUAGAGGAAAGUGAAUCAGUAGAGAACAAGCCUUUGCGAAUGAUUGAAGCUGAAUUUCAGGACAAGCACUCAUGCGAAAGGUCCAGUUCUGAAAUAGAUAAAGGGGUUCUGAAGGCAACCGAUAGGGAGAUAAGAUUGCGGAACGGACAUUAUGAAGUUCCAUUGACUUGGAAAGAGGACUGGCGUAGAUUACCGCCUAAUAAGUUUGAGGCAGAACGCAGGCUGGACAGUCUUCAGAAGAGACUAAAAAAGGACGAAAGCCUAUUGAAGUCCUACAAUCAAAUACUAACAGACCAUGAGUUGAAGGGUUAUAUUAGUCGCGUUCCUGACGACUUCUCCAAGAAACGUAGAGUUAUCCCUCACCACCCAGUUAUGAAUCCCCGCAAGCCUGGUAAAAUUAGAGUGGUUUUCGAUUGUGCCUUUAAAUGUAAGGGAAUAUCCUUGAACGAUUGUCCGUAUUCGGGACCUGAUCUGAUGAAUGACUUGGCUGGGGUACUAUUGAGAUUUAAAAAACAUCGGAUAGCCUUGUCAGCAGAUAUUGAGGAGAUGUUUCUUCAGGUUCACUUACCUGUCAAGGAUAAAAGUGCCUUUAGUUUCUUAUGGUAUUCUGAGGGUAGACUGGACUUACCACCGAGCCUGUAUGAAUUAAACGUACAUCCCUUCGGUGCUACCUCAUCACCUUUUUGUGCAGCCUAUGCUUUAAAACGAGGCACAAGACGAUGGAAACAAGGGCAACUCCUCGCUGAUACGUUUUGGAGACGGUGGAAGCGGGAGUACUUGACGACCUUACAAUCGCGUUCGACGACAUCGAAACUUACAAGUGGGAGACCUAGUACUAGUGGCUGCGGAGCCUUCACCUCACAAUCGUUGGUCAAUGGGAAUAAUUACAGGUGUUACGGCAAGCUGUGA